CUCUACGUAAGCAUAGGCCUUUGCUCAAUUUUUCGGUUCGAGCUACUCAUUUAAGAUUACAGACUUCUUAAAGCGGUAUACCUCCACCAUUUGUCAGAGCAUCGUCAAAUAGUUUCCAUGGGCAAAAGUAAUCAGUCACUGUGGCCUUCGAGCUAAUAAUUGGACUGGAUAAUCCUAUCUUUACUUUAGAUUUCAGCACAGCUGUACACACAUUUGUACAGCUUUAAACAAUAGUUAAAAAUAAAAACAAUCUGGUCGUCUGCGUAAAAGUAAAAAUUGUUGGACAUACUACAUUAAAGAUAUAAGUAUAAUGUUCGUAAUAUAUAUUUGGUAAAGUUUCAAGAGAAAUAACUGCAGUUACACAAGAUGUAUCGAACAUUGGUGACGUGUUCAAUAAGGAAAAUCAUUGUCAAUCCCGUAAAAUUAUACCACAAUAAAUCCGAUUGCCAUGUGACAGUACCCCAGGGUAAGAUGAGAGGUAAAGUGUGCAGUACUCCGUGUGGUAAACAGUACUAUAGCUUCGAAGGCAUACCCUACGCUAAACCACCCUUGGGGCCUCUCAGAUUUAGGGAUCCUCAGAAACCUGAUAACUGGUCUGGAGUACUUGACGCAACGAAACCUGGAAACAAACCGGUGCAAAUAAAUCCUUAUAAGAAAUCUAUAGAAGGUUCAGAAGACUGCUUAUAUUUAAAUGUGUACACUCCAAUAUUGCCUGAUGAACAAAAACAAAGUCUUCCAGUACUGUUUUACUUAUAUGGUGGUAAUUUAUCCACGGGAUGCGGUCACAUAUAUCGCCCAGAUUUUUUAAUACGUCAAGACGUCAUCCUAGUCACAAUAAACUAUCGUCUCAAUAUUUUCGGCUUUCUUAACCUUGAAACAGCGGAAGUGCCCGGUAAUGCCGGUUUCAAAGAUGUCGCUAUAGCCCUAAGAUGGGUCAAACAAAACGUAAAACAUUUUAAUGGUGAUGCAAACAACAUUACAGGAAUGGGAGAAAGUAUAGGCGCAAUUAUGACUACAUUAUUAUUGAUAUCGAAGAUGACUCAAGGUAUAUUUAAAAGAAUAAUUGGUUUUUCAACAGCUAUAUCUGACAAAAUGAUGGGUGAUAAUCCUCUCGAAAGAGCAAAAGAUAUUGCUUCAAAUUUAGGAAAUAACAUAAAUAGCUCGGAAGAAAUAGAUAAUUUGUUUCGAAACGCAUCUCCUGAAGAUUUAUCUAAGGCUUUAAUAAAAUCAAUUUCUCGUGCAAAUAAAUAUGAUAUUCACAGCUUUGUACAGCCAUCAGUUGAAAAGGAAUUCGAUAAUGUGGAACCAUUUUUGGUUGAGUAUCCUCUACAGUCAUUAAGGACUAAUAAUUAUUCUCAAGUUCCAGCUCUUAUGAGUGUGGCAACCCACGAAUCUGCAUACUUUAUAACUCCUCGAUCCGGACAAUUUAAAUUUAAUAAAGAUAUAUUGAAAUUCGUACCGAAUCCUGCAUUAGAAGAUAAGGAUGCUGUACAAUUAUCGGAUAUGGAGAAACAGCUAAAAGAAUUGUACUUUCAAGAUAAAGAAAUCGGUCCUUCAACACUAGUCCAAUACUUAGAUCUAGUUUCAGAUAUGUAUGUUACCAGAGACAUAAUCUACACAGCAGACUUAUUUUCUAGAAACGACGAUUUCUAUUUUUGUAGAUUCGGAUACGAUAAAUCGCUUUUAAUGAAAAGUUUAGGAGUAAAAGGCGCUACACACAGCGAUAUCUUACAAUUUAUAUUUUACACAGAAAAGAAAAGAAACACUUUUAAUGAACAAGAUAUGAAAGUUGUUGAUAUGUUGACAGAGGCGUUGUGUAACUUCGCAAAAAGCGGAAAACCAACUUGGACGGGUCAGGAAAUAUCGUGGCCAUAUUACAAGAAAGAUGAAAGAUUAUGUUUAAAUAUUGGUGACAGAAUAAGCUGUGUCACAUUACCCGAACAUGAUAGGUAUACAAAACUAAUUAAUAUACUUAAACUGAAGCCGAAGAUACGACAAAACUAAAAAUACUCAAGACAAAUAAAGUUCGCAUAUUCUGCCACACAUAAUGGCGAGCAAUUUUGUCAUAGAAGGUAGAAUUUUAUUUAAAAGUUACAGUAACAUUAUAAGUGAUACAAUGAUUGUCAAGGUUGUCUUUUUUCAUCAAAUUCCGAAAAGAUAUUAUUCCGUUUCAAAUUAAUAUUAAUUAUAAAGUUUCACGCAAUUAAUAAUUAAUGGGUUUUUUUGAGUAGUGCAUUUGUGUUUUUGCUUCGUUUUUAGGUAUUGGUUUGAUGACUGAUAUAUUUAGCUGUUCAGGGAAGACAUCUUCUACUGUCUAUAAAUUAAUUUUGUAUGUCAGUGGAUCAAAUACGCGCGAUUUAAUUGUUUUGGUAUCAAAAUUAUUGGAUUGUGUAGAUUUUGUAUGUUUCAACGAUGUAAUAAUUUUCAUUGUUAUGUAUGUAUUGUAUGUUACUUUUUAGUAGGCAGUGAGAUAAAAUAUUCAUUAAAUAGGUUGCACAUUUAAUAUGGUGAUUCACAGUAUUAGUAUGAAAUACUUGAAAUAGCAUUUUCGUACGGAAUCGUUUCGUUCGUUCGUAUUUUCACUAAGGAAGAAUGGCCCUACUGUUUUUCUUAGUGGUUGCAUUGAAUCCGACGAUGUGUAGAGAAACUGUAAUUACUUCCAAAAACAAAAGUAUUGGCAACUUUUUACAUUAAGGGCCUGUUUCACAAUGUCCGGAUAAGUUCCAAAUAAGCUAUUUAUUAC